UAACCCUGAUAUCUUUAAUUUUGUUCCCGAGACGGCUCACCAUUGGUCACUGCGGCGGAAAUCCCGAUGGUGUCAUCACUCAUACCUACCGUCCGAAGAGCAUGUCAUUCUCGUCCAAAGCAACGCCGAAGCCGACAAGAAAAUUUGUACAUGCGUUUAGGCGAUGAAGCAUUGCGACAGAGUCAAUAUCCAGGUAUCUCUCUAUAUCAGGACAGUGUAGGAUGGCCCGUCUGCGCUCCACCUUCUACCAAAAAGCCAGCCGCUGUCACAUCUACACACAGAAAAUUACAGCAAAAGUAUCGUGUUCAAUACAGCAGACCGGGCACCUGGGUUAAAGCAACCCCAAGCGCAGAUGGUCAUAUGAGUAUCUCCACUACGACCGUAUAUGUACAUUGCGGUCCAAUAGCUCUGUAUGCUUGGAUAUUCAGGUGUUACACAAAGAACCUCAGAUCUCGUGACUUUGUCCCGCAUUAAUUCAAUGUGAGUAGUUGAGGCUGAGCCCGUCGCGCUCAAGCAGCCGCAAGCUUCCUCUCCUCCACCAGACUCCCCUGCUCAUUUUCCAAGGUUUCCAGUUUUUGGCCAUCAAAUCCUGCGUCACCUCCAUCACC